CGUGUGGAUUAUUUCAUUUAUGUUUCAAGACUCUCAAGAACCCUAACCAGCUCUUUCCUGAAAUCUUUCAAGGAUCUGGUGUCAAAGCACGUUUGGUUGCUGAUAAAAUGAGUUGGUGAGAGGACCACAAUGGUGGUGUUGAAUUAGAUUAAGAUUGUGUAUUAGUUAUUAGAUUAUUGCUCAGUUUUGAGUUAUAAUGGAUGGAGACGGUGGUUUGAAUAUGCGUAAUUGGGGUUACUAUGAACCAGCAGCAUCAAACCUUAAGGGGCACCUUGGCCUACAGCUUAUGUCCACUGUGCCCGAUAAACCUCUUAUCGGUGCCCGCAAUUCAGCCAUCUUGGCUAGUACCAAUGGGGCAUUUCACCAGAGGGAUUGUGGGGUUUCACAAGCCUUGCCGAUCCCCAUGGAGUACAUGAGGAAUGCUUGGAUUAACCAGAGAGAAAAAUUUCUCAAUGUGUUACCUGGAAAUCCCAAUUUCUCUGUUUUAGCUGAACCCUCUAGGGCUCAUCCAAUGCAAAUGCUCCAGCAACCUGAUUCUACAAAGGAUGAAAUGGUGGCCCAAGUUGAAGAAGAGGCUGGUGUUGAGAAGGAUAAUGGUCCUUUGAAGAAAAGAGCUGGUGGAAAAACCCAAAAAUCCCCCAAAGCAAAGAAGCCUAAGCGGGCCCCUAAGGUGCCAAAGGAUGAGAGUAGUCCUUCUGUUCAACGAGCAAAGCCUGGGAAGAAAAAUACCGAAGUGGUCAUAAAUGGGAUAGAUAUGGAUAUUUCUGGCAUUCCGAUUCCAGUAUGCUCAUGCACAGGAGUUCCUCAGCAGUGUUAUCGGUGGGGCUCUGGUGGGUGGCAAUCUGCUUGCUGUACCACAGGUAUGUCUAUAUACCCUCUGCCAAUGAGUACUAAAAGGCGUGGUGCAAGGAUAGCUGGGAGAAAAAUGAGCUUGGGAGCAUUUAAGAAGGUCUUGGAGAAACUCGCUGCUGAAGGUUACAACUUUUCUAAUCCAAUCGAUUUGAGGACUCACUGGGCAAAACAUGGUACCAACAAAUUUGUCACUAUCAGGUAGAUGUACAAUGUGGCUUCUACAACUGGCCUCUCAAUUUCACGUGGCCCGUUUUGCAUGUAUAUACAUAUAUGUAUGCGGCCUGACAAGAGGUUCCCUAGGCGGUUUGUAGUCCAUGAAUUUUCGAAGUCAUGUUACUUGUUUUUAGAACUCUGCCUUUUGGGUUCUCAGAUUAUGUUGUUUUAUUGUCUUUAUGCUUGUAGUUUAAGAAUGAUAUUUUCUUUAAAAGAACCUUUCGGGGUAAAUUUUUUUGUCCAUAAUCUGACAUGAUCAUAGAAUUGCUUUUGUUUA